CUGGCUAUAAAGCCUCACUGUGACGAGGGGGCCUCUGCAAAGGAGCUCAAGUGCAAGUGAGAAAAAGAGACGAAGGACAGAGAACAGAGAAGACUGCAGUUCCUCUCGCUCCCCGCCUCCUCCUCCUGUUCAAGCUGCAGUCAUGGCCAAGAACCUGCUGAAGAACCCCAGUGGGGAAGAGCUUCUGGACUUCUGGGAGCUGACGGAGAACGGCGGGAGUCAGUGGAAAGUGGAGGAGAUACCGGGAGACUGCGGCUCCGACUGCGGCCUCGACGGAGUGACCAAAUACUUUGCAACCUCCUUUGAGCUGUGUCUGAAGAGGCAGGUGAUCGACUUGUUGGCGGAGGAUUACUCCAGCGAGCAGUUGGACGCUCAGCCUCCCGUCACCGUGGAAGACUGGUACUGUGGGAGGUCGGACUGCGGCUGCACGUACCAGAUGACCGUGACUCUGCUGGAUGAGAACCAGGAGGUCAUCGAGGAGUUCAAACCUGAUCCGGUGACCCAUGACCCCGACAGUGACGAAUGCUCCUGGAAGCAGGUCAGCCACACGUUCUCUGAGUACGGCCCUGGAUUGCGUUUCAUCACCUUCGAACACGGAGGACAGGACACAAAGUUCUGGGACGGAUGGUUCGGAGUCCGAGUCACUGGCAGCUCUGUGACUGUGGAGGUCUGAAGGAGGGGGGGGAAGUGAAAGAGGAGAAGGGAACCAAGUAGUUAUAACACUGGAAGGUAACGGAGGACAGGGAACUGGAGUCAUAUAAGGACUCCAGGGAGGUUUCUAGGUUUCAAUAGGACCAGCUUUGCCUUGUGCUAACACCUCGUUCUUAAUGCUGUCAAAACAAACUGCUGCUAUGAAGACUGCACUAACAAAGGAAAACACCGUCAUGGUGGCACAGCAGCUUUACUAACUUUAAGAUAUUCAAAUGACUGCUUGCAACACAGACAUUAUUAUGGUCUGUUAACUACUACCUCUGCACAGUGACUUACUUUAGUGUUAACCUAAACCAUGUGUUUGGUGGAUAGAGGUGUAAAUGAUCAAGAUAUCGAUUUCAAAUUGGACUCUGAAAUAAAAUCUUAACUAAAUAAUUGCCUGUUUUGUCAGUUUGACUGUUAGUUUUAAGAUGUUUUCCACUAAGAGUCCCUUUUGUUCGUCCCAAUAAUGAUUGCAUUUUGACUGUAGAUGUAUUGAUUGACGUGUGGUCACGGUUUGUCCUCAAUUAUAAUAAAACGGACCUUGGACGUUUCAAAAUGUGGGGCUGAGGAAAUGAA